CUUGGCAAGGUUUCUCGAGCGCGAGGCCGCGCGGAGACCUAUUAUAUCAACUGAGACGCAUCAUUUGACGCAGACAUGCCAUGCGACAAGUUUUAUUAGCGAUGCUGCUGUGUGCGGCCCGGGCAUUGCUACGCGCAGCACGCCCGCCGCUGCGGCGCUGCGCGCGCGCCUACGCAGCGAAGAGCGAUGACCUCGCGUCCCUAGAAAAAGAAUUAGAGCGCCACGACAACCUCUACUACAACCAAGCGAAACCGGAGCUCACGGACGAGGCCUACGACGCGCUCGCGCGAAAAGUAGAUGAAUUGAGAACGACGCCGCGCGGCGUCGGCGCGAAAAGGGGAGGCACCCUCGCCAAAGCCACACCACAUACGACGCCCAUGCUGAGCCUGGACACGUUGAAGGUCAAGGACGGAACCGUAACCACUAUAGCGAAAUGGCUCAAGAAAACAAUCAAAGCCUGCGCCCCAGAAGCGAUGCACGGUAUUGUCGGAGAGCCGAAGCUCGACGGGCUGAGCGUCUCCCUGACCUAUGUCGAUGGUGUGUUGACGCAGGCGGCGACGCGCGGCGACGGCGUGGUGGGCGACGACGUGACUGACCAGAUGCUGGAGGGGACGGCCAUACCGACGCAACUUGAUGAUGCUUUUACGGGCGACGUGCGGGGCGAGGUCAUCGUCCCCGUCGCCUUUUUUCGAGGCUUGGAGAAAGAUAGUGCAGUAAGUGCCCGAAAUUACGCGGCGGGCUCGCUGCGCCAGAAGAACGCCUCGGAUGUUAGCGGACGAGGUCUGCGCUUCGUCGUACAUGAUGUGGUUGGUGGUGCUGAGAAUUACACGGAGCGACGCUCAAAGGCCAAAAAGUGGGGCUUCGAGGUGGCACAACCGUCCAUAAGAGUGGAGGUCGACGACGACGUGCCCGCGGAUGCUUUACCGGACCACCUCCAAGCCUGUGCUGAGAAGUUGGCGGCUUACCACGCUUCACUCGGCGAGCAACGGCCGCCGCCGGCCGUCGCCGGGACACGAUCGUCGAAGAAGGACGAGCUCCCGUACGAGAUCGACGGCGUCGUCUUCAAGGUGGACUCGUGCAAAGCGGACGCGCAAGCGGGUUUCACGGCGCGAGCGCCGCGCGCGCGCGUGGCCCUCAAGUUCGAUCGCGACGCUAUCGUCGUUACUACAACUCUACUGGAUGUGGAGAUCGGCGUCGGGCGGCUUGGUGCGUUAACACCAGUCGCGAAACUGGAGCCCGUGAACUGCGGCGGCGUCACGGUCUCGUCGGCGACGCUCCACAAUUUUGAUGUAUUAAGGGCCUCCCUCGGCGGCGCGCGCAUUGGGGAUACGGUCUUAGUGAAGCGCGCCGGCGACGUGAUUCCGCAGAUCGCGCCCGCGAUCGAAGGGACGGGCGACGCCUGGCCGCCGCCCUCGAAAUGUCCGCGGUGCGGCGCGCCGACACGAGUCACGGGCGACGGCCAAGUCGCGUGCACCGCCGGUCUCCAAUGCGACGCCCAGGCGGCGGGUCGGCUGCAGCACGCCCUGGGUCGAGGCGCGCUUGACCUAGGAAGCGGGUCCCUGGGCGCGAAGAAGGUCGAGCAACUCGUUGAGGAGGGCGUCCUGCGCUCCGCGGCGGACCUCCUCGACUUCGUGGAUGAAAGGGAAGCGAGCCUCUCCAAACUAUCGGCGCUGGACGGCUGGGGCGCCACGUCCUCGGAGAAGGUGCUCGACGCGCUGGAGACGCGCACCGCGACGCCGAUCCCGCUCGCGGCGUUCGUCUUCGCGCUGGGCGCGCCGCGGAUCGGCAAGGCGACCGCUAAAAAAGUUGCGGGCAUUUGCGGGUCGUGGACGGCGCUGCGGCGGUCUCUCUCCCCCACGACGGCGGCGGACGACGCGUUGCGCACGGCGCUGGCCGAGGCGCGGGGCGUCGGCCCGGCCGCGGUCGAGGGGCUGCUCGAGUUCUUCGCUGGUGUUGAGGACGCCGCGGUGGCGGACCGGCUGGCGGCGCGGCUUGAUGUGGUGGACGAUGAUACAUAAGAGUUGUUACACAUUCCGAC